AUGGCUUUCUCCCAAAUGCAAAAAAUUUCAGCAUUUUGUUUCCUCCUAUGCAUAGUGAUCAUUUCACCCCAAGCAGAAGCUGCAAUCUCAUGCAACACAGUGUACUCUAAGUUAAUGCCCUGCCUCAGCUACCUCAUGGGAGGUAGCAACAAGUCAGCGGCCCCAGCUGGCUGCUGCAGCGGGAUUCAGUCCCUCUACACAGCAGCCAGCACCACUACGGACCGACAGGGGGUAUGUUCCUGCCUGAAAUCAGGGGCAGCAAGUCUUGGCAACAGUAUUGAUACUAGCAAGGCUGCUACACUUCUUAGCAAAUGUGGUGUCACUGUUCCUUACAAGAUUAGCCCCGACAUUGACUGUUCUCAAGUCCAGUAA